UGCAGUUGAGCCUCUAUCGAUACAGGCCAUUUGAUAUUCUCCAAAUCCCUCUCACUACCUUCACCACGGCCGCCCAAACUUCCUCCAGCAGCAGCCGCCCGUCUGCAUCGCGGACCAACUCGAGAUCGUCGACCCCACUCUUGACUGUCGCGAACCAGUUAACGACCGCACGUGGAACCCUUUGGGAUCCGCGGUUCACCCGCAAAGAACCUCCCGACAUACGACUCGUGCCGACACACGUUGGGACCCUGAGCAUAGGCGAUCGCACAGACAGCAACAUAUCCGUGCGCAGCCUCGGCGGAGGGAACAAGAUCGAGACGAUGGACAAGAGACACCCCUCUAGCUUUCAGCAGCUGGAAAAGCUGGGUGAGGGCACAUAUGCUACGGUCUUCAAGGGACGCAACGGCCAAACAGGACAAUUCGUCGCGCUCAAGGAAAUCCACCUGGACAGCGAGGAGGGCACGCCUAGCACGGCGAUCCGAGAGAUCUCCCUGAUGAAAGAAUUGAAGCACGAGAACAUUGUCAGCCUCUACGAUGUUAUUCACACGGAGAACAAGCUUAUGCUCGUGUUCGAGUACAUGGACAAAGACCUCAAGAAGUACAUGGACAGCUACCAGAACCCCAACGGCGGCACACGCGGAGCUCUUGACCCGGCCACGAUCAAGUCCUUCAUGUGGCAGCUGAUCCGUGGAAUUGCUUUCUGCCACGACAAUCGGGUGCUGCAUCGCGAUCUCAAACCACAGAAUCUCUUGAUCAACGCCCAGGGUCAGCUGAAGCUCGGCGAUUUCGGUCUUGCACGAGCCUUCGGCAUUCCUGUCAACACCUUCUCGAAUGAAGUCGUCACGCUGUGGUAUCGAGCACCCGACGUCCUCCUCGGAAGUCGCACCUAUAACACCAGCAUCGACAUCUGGAGCGCCGGCUGCAUCAUGGCAGAGAUGUUCACGGGCCGUCCACUCUUCCCCGGAACCACGAACGAAGAUCAACUACUCAAGAUCUUCCGCUUGAUGGGCACGCCGUCGGAGCGAAGCUGGCCGGGCAUCACACAAUUUCCCGAGUACAAGCAGACAUGGCCGGUAUAUGCGACACAGGAGCUGCGCGCGAUCCUGCCGCAGAUCGAUGCGCUGGGACUGCAGCUGUUGGGCCAAUUGCUGCAAUUGCAACCAGAGAGACGUUGCAGCGCUCAGCAGGCGCUUGCGCAUCCGUGGUUCGCCGAGCUGAACGCUAGCAAACAUGAGCUGAUCCUAGUACCGGCAGUUCUCAAUGGGACAGGGACAUCCUAG